AUGUCGUCCACGGAGGAAGGAGGCGGCACUGUCGGAGCAGUUUUCACUGAUCAAGCAAUCAUCGACAACAACACCAACAACGAUUACGUGAGAAUUGAUAUAUUUCAAGAAGUAUUUCAAGCCGAAAGUAUCUCAAUCGGCCCACUCCACCACGAUGAUCCCACCCUCCAUGAAUCCAAGGAGCUCAAGCUCAAAUUAGCAGCACAUUUCGUCAAAAACAUUUACGUCGAUAAGGAUUCCUUGUACAGCAACAUGAAGAAAGAGAUCGAUGACUUAAAGAAAUGCUAUGAUCCACAGGAAUUAGAGAAGUAUAGCGACGAUGACGAGAAACUGACUUGGAUGUUCUUCGUUGACGGCUGCGCAAUUUUACAAGCAGUUCAUAUGCGUUACGGUGAUGGUGAUGGUGAUGGUGAUGGUGAUGAUGAUAUGUUUAAUGAUAUGUUCUUGUUGGAGAACCAAAUACCUUUUCGUGUUCUUGAAUUGCUUACAAGCUUGGGUGAUGGCAAAAUGUUCAUGAAUGCAAUCCGAAGGUUCAUCGACGGUACUGUUAUCAACCCAGGCGAGGACAGUUUCAACCAUAUCUUCUUCUUCGGUAAUUUACGGUUACCUCCGAUCACCGUUAAUGAUUCAACCAUGAACUUGAUAGCUUACGAAAUGUGUCUGGAUUUCAAAAACGAUUUCACUGUCACUUCAUAUAUGUGUUUCCUUGAUUUAUUGAUCGAUAACGCCGAAGAUGUUAAAGACCUGAGAGACGCCAGCAUACUAUACAAUAGAUUGGGGAGUGAUGAAGAAGUGGCUAAGCUUUUCAAUAAGAUGAACACUGAUUUGGUUCCUAAUCCAAUGAUUUACCGUGAGGUUAAACGUUUCUUCUUCGUAGGAAAAUUACGGUUACCGCCGAUCACUGUCGAUGAUUCAACCAUGAACUUAAUAGCUUACCAAAUGUGUCCGGAUUUCUACAACAAUUUUGCUGUCACUUCAUAUAUGGGUUUCCUUAGUUCAUUGAUCGAUGAAGCCGAAGAUGUUAAGGAACUGAGAGACACCGGCAUACUAUACAAUAGAUUGGGGAGCGAUAAAGAAGUGACUAAGCUUAUCAAGAAGAUGAACAUUGAUUUGGUUCCUAGUCCGAUGAUUUACAGACAUGUUAAACUGCAAAUACAUAAUCAUCGUAACAAUAUGUUAAUUAAAUAUCCAGCUCAAGUUUAUUGCACUUUUUUUAGGGCUCGUUGGACGUUUUUCGCAUUUGUGGGUGCCAUUGCUGCACUUUUUAUCGGUGCUUUGCAGGCUUUUUAUACCAUACAUCAAGCAAAGUAA